AUGAAUAUUGGAUUACAAGAUGUUACUAGUAUUGUCAAUUAUGUUUGUGAUUCAAGAGCUGCAUGUUCGAUUUUCUCACUUCCUUUUCAAUUUGAUUAUCUCAAAGAUCUUGGCAAUAAAUUUCCAAAUAUUGUAUUCAGUUAUGUUACGUAUUUACAUGUGAAAGAUAAUGAUCCAUUCAGACAUGAAUUCUUUGUUCGAAUUGUCCAAUCGUUUCCAUUACUGAAAUAUUUACAAAUUUAUAAUGUACGAUCAUCGUUACCAGUUGAUGCUAUGACAUUUUCAUCGGACAAUUGUCAAUUAUACUCAACUAUUGAAUAUCCGCAUCUAACUACACUUGAUCUGAGUUGUGCACAUAGAGAAUAUGUUGAACAAUUUCUAAAUGAAACAAAGACAUAUAUGCCUUGUCUGACCGAAUUACUCGUCGUGCUAAGUGACUUGAUAAUUGUAACAAAGAACUUUACAAGAAACGAAACACGACGCAAUUGUGCCAAAGUGAAAACAUUAUUUAACCUACCACCAAGUUCAAAUUGUGCUCGACCAAGUGCAGCUCGAAUAAAUGGAACUGAAUAUUGA